CAAGCUCAAAAUGCGUAGGACUCACGCACACGCGCGAGAAACGAUGCAAUUAAUGACUUUCACGCCUUCGACGCAAGUCUGAAGGAAUGCGACUGCCCACGCUGCCGCGCGAGGCCGGGCUUUGGGUGGGUGCAGCCUGCGCAGGCCUGGCAGGCGGCUUAGCCUACAAGCACUGGGCCACGAAGAAGUACGGCGGCGAGGCGAACCGGCUGGUCGCGGAGGCGAAACGCGCAGCGGUUGCCGGAGACGCGUCGACGGCGUGCGCGCGAUACGAGCAAUGCCUCGAGCUCGUCCGGACCAGAGGCGGCGCGCACCAGCGGUUCGGAGAAGCGACAGCGACGCUCGCACGCGCGGCGGCGAACGCGUGCGAGGACGCGGGCGAACGCCGUCGAGCCGAAGCGCUCUGGCGCUCCGCGCUCGAGUCCACGCCGCCGCGGCACCGGAGUCGUGCAGUCGCUUACGACCGGCUCGCAUCUCUGGCGCAAGACCGCGGCGCCGUCCAGGAGGCUCUGGCGCUCCGCGCGAAAGCUGUCGGAGCCUUGGCGUCACCAACGCAGAUCGCGGAGGCCUCGCUCGACCCCGCCGUCGCGUAUGAGCUCGCGGGCGUCAUGCACAACUACGCGACCCUCUUUUGCGAGGCGGGUGACACGUCCGCGGCGACGAAGACGCUCGACCAGACGCACCGCGUCUGCGGCGUCGUGCCCGACGCGGCAGAGCAGGAGGAUUGCCGGCGGCGGUGCGACGCGCUGCGGAGGCACAUUGUGAAGGAAGGCUAAUGUUCGUUGUG